GAACCGAACAAGAACCGGACGACCGAAUCGUGAACCUGCUGGGACGGCGUUUUGGUUGAGCAUUUAGUGGAGCGUGUUUUUUUACCGUGGCAAACUGGGCCCUCCUGGACCAUCACCAGUCCGUUCCCGUUUAUCCGUGCCAGAACCGGCGGCCGGAGGAUUUGCUCGGCGAGCCCGAUUCCUGCAGUUACCGUGCGGUUUAUCACGACGGCAGCGUUGUUCUCGACUCGACGACGGGCCAGCCCGAGAACCAACCGUGAAAACCUGCUGGUGGACGCAAGAAGCGGUACGCAACAACGGCGGUGGUACAUAAGUGCCCGGAAGAAGCGUUUUGAGUGCUUCAACCAAAUCGCUUUUCCAUCCUGUGUACAGUUAGUGAUAAAGAAGCAAAAACGGCCAGAAGCGCUCUAGGAAGCAGCAGCAGCGCGACCUUCACACCAUCCUGCUCUACUGCCAGUGUAUCCGUGGUUCCCGGUUUCGUUUUGUGUCGUCAAAGAAAAGCCCCAGACGAGUUUGUAAGAACAAAUUGUAAAGAGUUUCCUUUGGAAAAAGUGUAAAUUGUGUAUAGAAGGUUGAGUAGAUUGCGUUGGACUUGACUGGCGGCGAGUUGUGUGGCGAGCUUCUUGUAGGAGAGAGUUUCCUUCUACGUUCAGUAAACGCUCGCGCUGUACAUAAAAAAGCAUAGCAAACGUCGUUCCGGAGAAGCGUGUCGAUCGUGUCGGCCAAGGAUCAGUCGCGUUUUCUAGAACCCCGCAGACGUGAAUCUUUUCCUCACUGCACGACCGAAAUAACCGAUCAACGGACUGCUGUACAGAGAGUGAGAGAGAACGUGAGAGUAGAUGAGAAGGAGUGCGUGUGCGAUUGUGAGGUGGUGUGUUCGUCAACGGGAGCUAGUAAGCUGGGAAGUAACACCGCAACUACAGCACACGGCUGGAUUUCACGCAUAAUUUUGGACCGUGACACGCCGCUUGCCACAUUAAGAGUGAAAGGAAGAACGACCACACAGCAGCGGUCUAUUACGGCGAGAUUCGCUGUGACGUGCGUGCAGAGUUGUUGUACCGCAGUAAACCAGCAUCAAAAGCAAAUCAACCAGCAAGUACAUCUCGCGCAUAAUAUGCUGUAAAUAUAUAAAGUGUACGUUAUUUGUGUGAUAGUGUGUUCGGUCCCUCGAAUAAAAAGAAGAAGCAGAAGCAGAUACCGUAGCGCAAUACCGUGUGACGGCAGUGGUGGUCCGUAUUGGCUGAUUCUACGAAUAGGAUCGACCUCGUCGAGAGCGGUGAUCACGCAUAGAACCCGAGGUACGGUGUCGCGGUCGGCCGACGCAAACAACGUGCAAAAGCGCGUCUUUCCCUAGCGUUCUAGCGGGGCGGCCACAGGAAGUCGAUAAAUUAAGCGACAAAAGGGUUCUCGCUGGGAGUGCGUGUGCGUUUGCUCCAUUGUGCUCCUCCUACGGUGUGCGUCAGUGUCUCUACGUAGUCAGUGUGUGUGUGUGUGUGUUUUACCGUGUGCAGUCGGCGGUGCACUUGCCGCCACUUUGUGCAACCAGCGGUAGAAGAGAAAAGUGUUCAAUUGAAUGAUUAUUGGCUCACCGUUCAUAGCCGUGUGCGCGCCAGUGUGUGUUUGUGUUUCGUGGGUCUAUUGCGCCAACCGGAAGAAGCAUCAUAGUGCUCUGCCGAAAGCGAGCCCCCCAAACAGCAUUUUCAUCGAUCAAAGCGCAGUGUAAUGCACAUUCCGUCUGCGGUUGUGUACUGCAAAUGCUUAUCUACCACCAUUACAACGCUGCAUCGACAACCCAAGGUUGCUGCUGCGUGUGCCCUCGGAUCGAUCCAUUCGCAAGUUGCUAGGAUCUCGAAGCGAUGCUAGAAAUGUGUUAAAAGUCGCAAAUCCGCGAAACUCGCGUCUCACCUUGUACAGUGUAAAUAGUAAAGUGGAGAGAAGAAUCACAUACCCUCCACCACAUCACUGUGUGUGUUGGCCAGUUCUGGUUCGCGAUUGUGCGCACACGUGUGUGCCAGUAUAGUGUACAGUGUAAAAGAUCAUCCAUCACAUAGAUCACUCCCCCGCCCUCUCCGGUUGGUCAUUGUGCCGGGUGUGUGUUUUUGGGUGGAGCGAAGAAGCAUCGUUAGAAUCACUGCCGCGAAUUUUCGCUUUCCGAAUACGCCGUUCAAACCAACAGCCCCAUCACCCCCUUGUUUAACCAAUAAUAGUGUUUGUAAGAAGGCCUGUUUAUAGGCGAAUCAUCGCUGUCUGGAGUAGUAGUACGCUGCAGCAACAAUCGUCGGAAGGAAGACGUUUUUUUUGCUACCAACGCAUACCAGCAGCGCCGAGUGGCGGCUGCGCACGCAAACAGAUCCCUCUCGAUUUUUCGUAAUCCGGGCGUACGCGUGUGUGCUGCGGCGAACCAAUUUUGUUUUCAAACAAAACAAAACAAACAGCACCGGCGACCAAGAAGCAGAGGAAGAUUGCAACCUCCUCUCAGUAAGAUUACGAAAGCUUCCUGCUCCUGCUUUCAAGGGGUUAAUACCAAUCGGUCAUCGAUAGCGUGCUAACAGAGCACUAUCGACAGCAGCAGUAGCAGUAGCGGCACUAGUGUCAAUCACGGCUACAGUCACGCUCGUCCCGGAAACGGUCGCUGGCGGUAUGAAGUUGCUGGGCGGCCACGACGAUGGUGGUGGGCGUAAUGCGGCCCCGAUUCGGACGCAGGACGAUGCCGCCGUCGGUUACGUCUUUCAGCGUCAUCCGAACGAGACGGAGUUUAACCAGUUCGCACCGAAACAGUCGCGGUGGGCAUCCGGCGAUGACAACAUCAUUGAUAACCAGGACAAGUGGAAGUACAACCCCGCACUGACAAGUAACACGCCCGGUGGUUUGCUUCCGCCCCCCGUGCCCGGUGUUGUUUCUGGCGUGAAACAACAGCAAACACCCCAACAACAGCAGCAUCAACAGCAACAACAACAGCAGCAGCAGCAUCAGCAACAACACCAGCAGCAGCAACAACAAUCGAUGCAGCAACCGACGAUGCAGCUACCACACCAGACACACCAGCAACAGCUGCAUGCGGUACAGCACGCGGUUCAGCAGCAGCAGCACCAGCAGCACCAGCAGGCACAGCAUGCACAGCAUCAGCAACAUCAGCAACAGCAGCAGCUGCCCAUGAUAAAUCAUCCAUCGCAGCUCGCCAAUCACCUUGGACACCAGAAUCAUCUUAACCAAACGAUGAUGGGCCACGCUGCGAUGGGUAGUGGCGGUAUGCCGACGAUGCAGAUGCCGAUGCAGGGCGGCGGUGGCAUGUACGACCAUCUGCAUCCACCGAAUGUGAACGUCAAUGGUGUCGGUAUGCCGAAGCCACCGGGUGGACCACCCGAUCAGCAGCAGCAACAACACCAUCAGCAGCAGCAACAGCAGCAACAACAGCAGCAGCUUGUAUAUCUGAGCGGUGGUCAGCAGUAUGGAACCGUGCUCGCUCCACAGAAUCAGUACAUCCCGCGGAACAACUCGGCGCAGAUCAAUACAACGGCCAAGAAGCUGUGGGAAAAGGGUGGCAGUAACGAUGUGAAGGCAACCGGUGGAGCAACUGGUCCACUACCACCGUUACAGCUGCAUGGUACAACCGACCAUCAGGUAUGGCCUAGCUCAACCUGGUCGUCCCAGGGUGAUGCGAUCCUGGGACAGCGCCGAAUUUUCCAGCAUGCACCCGACAGCAACCCGACAGGGUCGACGGGCAUUUUGAGUCCUCGCGAUUCCACCGGUGGAUUGGGCGUCAAGAUGGUGGAGUACGUACUAGGCGGGUCUCCGACCAACAAGGAAAGUCCGCUGGCCAGUCUGGAACCCCGGUUCAAGGGACUGAAGUUUGAUGAUGGAGAUAAGACUUCCGAUGAUAAGGAUAAGGAAAACUCUCCGUUCGACACGAAUGGACUAAAGAAGGAGGAAGUGGUCGUACCGGGUACGAACGGUGUCGUGAUGGUGAAUGGCAUCGACGAUGACAAGGGCUUUAAUCGCCUUUCGUUCCAUAGCCGUACGCCGGGCUCACGGCAACCAUCGCCAGCCGAGGAACAGCUACCGAGGCCCAACAUUCUCGACCCUACCUUGGCAGGGGGCGUUGGGGCUAGUGGAGUGCAUGGUGGUGGUGCUGGUGCCGGUGGUUUCCCGCAGCAUCAUUCGUUGCAUAACAUGCUGGGAUCAGCCGCCCCCGGUAGCAACGAUGUAGCCCAGCAAGCGGCCGCGCUCGGUUCGUAUCAUCCGCAGAUGAUCAACCAGAUGGGGCAGAUGGGUCAGUUGGGCCAGAUGAAUCAGCUCAACCAAAUGAAUCAGCUGAAUCAAAUGAAUCAGCUCAGUCAAAUGCAGAGCCAUGUAAUGAACGGUGUCGGAGGCAUCCCGCAGAUCACACAGAACCCGAUGGUGAAUCAGCACGGGCAGGGUCCGAAUCAGAUUGAUUCUCCGGCCAAUCUUCUCCAGCAGCCGCAUAACUUCGAGCUACAGCAACUCUUCCGCUCGAAUCCUGGACUAACGGCACCGAACUCGGCGAUACCGGGAGCCCCCAAUGGGCAGCCACUGCCCCAGUCGGCUCUUUCGUUGUCCGCGCAGCAGCAGCAGUUCCUGCAACAUAAUGCUGCCUAUGCUGCCGCCGCCCAGCAGGCCGCCCCGUACGUCAUCAACCCGGGCCAGGAUCCGUCGCAAUACAUGAGCCUGAUUGCGGCCGGCGUACCCCAGUACUAUGGUGUUGCCGCACCCUGGAAUGUCUAUCCGGCCAGCUUGGCGAUCCCGCAGCAGCAGUCACAACCCCGCCGACCGCUCACACCCUCACAGCAGGGUGCCGAGAAUCAGCCCUACCAGGUGAUAUCGGCCUUCUACGACCAGAGUGGUUCGCUGGUGAUGGGACCCCGUACCGGUACACCGAUGCGACUGGUCAGUCCGGCCCCGCCCGUACUGGUACCGCCCGGUGCCGGUGGCCCGCGAGCGCCGCAAGCUCCGCCACUGUAUCCGCCACAACCACAAACUGCCCAGCAGAACGUCUACUCGACCCAGAAUGGAACCAAUGUGGGAGCACUCGGUGCCUUGAACACGUCAUCCCUGACGACGCGUCGUGAUUCCUUCGAUCGUAACACUUCAGCCUUUAGUCCGUCACUGGACUACACCUCGGCCGCGUCAACGACGGCGAUGGCUUCGAGUGCGGCAGCGGCCGCCGCAGCAGCAGCUGCUGCCGCCGCCCGAAAGUGGCCGGUUGGUGCCGGCAACUACAGUGGCCUUGGGACGGUGGCUACGGCUUCCGCCAGUCCGAUCGGACCCUCACUAACGCCACCGCCCGUAUCGGGGCUGGGGGCGCUCGCGACGAGCCGUGCACCCGGUGCCGAGACGAAGUACCGCCAGGUGAACCCCGGACUCGUGCCUGGCAUUUCAACCGCUAACGCCAUGUUCGGAUCGAACAACUGCUCCGCACAGGCACUGCUUUCGCGUCUCUCGACUGCCGUCGGUAGACCAACGGCAGCACCAUCGGCUGCACCGGCUGUUUCUGGAGCAGCUGCCGGACUUGAUCGGCCACCGGGUCGUUCGCGGCUGCUGGAAGAUUUUCGCAAUCAGCGCUUCCCGAACCUUCAGCUGCGCGAUCUGACCAACCACAUCGUAGAGUUCUCCCAGGAUCAGCACGGUUCGCGCUUCAUCCAGCAGAAGCUGGAGCGUGCGACGGGACCGGAGAAGCAGCUCGUGUUCAACGAGAUCCUUGGUGCUGCGUACAACCUCAUGACGGAUGUGUUCGGAAACUACGUGAUCCAGAAAUUCUUCGAAUUUGGCUCACCGGAACAAAAGCAGGCCCUGGCACAGCAAGUGAAGGGCCACGUGCUACCGCUUGCCCUGCAAAUGUACGGUUGCCGGGUGAUACAGAAGGCUCUGGAGAGCAUUCCGCCGGAGCAACAGCAGGAGAUUGUGCGUGAACUGGACGGCCACGUCCUGAAAUGUGUCAAGGAUCAGAACGGAAACCAUGUGGUACAGAAGUGCAUCGAGUGUGUCGAUCCGGUGGCGCUGCAGUUCAUCAUCGAUGCGUUCCGCAACCAGGUCUACUCGCUGAGCACCCAUCCAUACGGGUGCCGCGUCAUCCAGCGGAUACUCGAGCAUUGCACACCGGAACAGACGGCACCAAUACUGGCGGAACUGCACGCCAAUACAGAGCAACUGAUACAGGAUCAGUACGGAAACUACGUGAUCCAGCAUGUACUCGAACAUGGAAAACCAGAAGAUAAAUCGGCAUUGAUUGCUAGUGUUCGUGGUAAGGUGUUGGUGCUUUCCCAACACAAGUUUGCAUCCAAUGUCGUGGAGAAGUGUGUAACUCAUGCCACCCGUGCCGAGCGUGCUCUGCUGAUUGAGGAAGUUUGUUCGUUUAACGAUGCUGGCUUGCACGUCAUGAUGAAAGAUCAGUACGCGAACUACGUUGUGCAGAAGAUGAUCGACGUAUCGGAACCUACGCAACGCAAGGUGUUGCUGCAUAAGAUUCGACCGCACAUGAACUCGCUGAAGAAAUACACCUAUGGCAAGCACAUCAUCGCCAAGCUAGACAAGUUUUCGCUGAAAACCCCGAACUCACUGGCGGGUUCGGCUGCUGCUGCCGCAGCUGCUGGUGCUGGUAGCGUCACGGGAAACUCAAAUUCCGCUCCAGCAUCCGGCGCUCCUGGUAGCGGUGGUGCCGGUGGUAGCAACAGCAACGGCAGUGGAGUGAUUGCAGAGAAUGGAACCAACGGUCCGCCCAAUGGAGCCAAUGGUAUGACAAAUGGUACUGGUGUCUCUACGGACGUCGUAGGCGAUGCUGGUGCAACUAACGGCAACGGUUCGUCAGCUAACGGUUCGUCAAGCAACGGUAGCAGCAACGGAGCAACAGGCAAUGCGUCAUCGGGCUUACGACCGAUCGGCCCACCGACGAACGGUGUUAUGUAAAGAUUGUCUUUGGUUGGCGCAUUGUGUGCGAGUGAUCGCAUGAAAAAAUACAUGUAAAUAUUUCUUUUUCUUACGUUCUAGUUCAGUAGCACAUUGAUAGAUUAGCUUUUGUUCAUUCUUUGGGCAGUCGUUUCUUUGUACGCACCGUUAUCACAAAAUUUAUGUUUAGGCUGUUCAACAUGUAUGCGCAAGUACCUUUCUUUUUUGACACGAUUUAUCAGUUUUACCAGGACACACUCCUCCUACCUAUAUCUGAGUUUGGACAAACCUAUCAAGUUGAUUUAAAUGGUAUACCAAUUAUGUAUAUUUAGAAAUUUUGCAUUUACCACAAGGGUUUUCGUAGUUGAGCAGCACAGAGCCGCUAGAGAGAGCGAUUGUGUUUUGAAAUGCAUUGUGCACAGCAUUAGCGGAACAUGUAGUUCUUCGAGUAACUCCUAAGUAAAAUACAGUUCGGUGUACAUUUAACUUUGCGCGAUUAUCGUUCGAUCUCAGUUAAGUAAAAGAAUACAAGCGGCCCAAUAGGUGGGAAAAAGUAAGCGAGAUGAGAAAUAUACAGGCAUAUAAAGUGGUUCGGAUAUUUAUGGCCCAAUGUUGAGCUAUAAGAUGAGUAAACUAGGGCUUUUUACGUUACACGAAGGAAACACUAAAUUACAGUUAUGCGUAGCGCGCGAGAGCACUAUGUUAAAAAGCGAUGGACAUUUAUGACAUCGAACUGAGGGUAUGUUAGAUUAUUUUUUUACCCAGGCAUGUUUAUUACUUUUCCUAUUAUCUGCAAUCAAUUAUAGAAUACGCUACAUGUUUAAUGAAGGUUGAGUUGUUGAACGAGGCUCAAUAGAAGAGGUCGCGUAUUCAGCGUAAAAGUUGAAAGAUGAAAGCAGUUGUGUGUAGGGAAUUUUUUUUUCUGGUAGAAUGUGUUACUCCACUGCCUGCCGCGAAAGCAACAAUAGAUUGAUGGAUCCGUUCCCGCAAAGUUAGCAUGUUCAUGCGGAAGAAUAUGUAGGAGGAAAAGCAUGAUAACAUAUAGUAAAGAUUAUGCAGCGUGCUAGGGUUAAGAAUAUAUCAUAAGAACAAACGUACACACGCCCAGACUAUUUAUAAAUGCAUAUUUGAAACAACAUUCUAGCUGGAAAAAUGGAACGUAAUAAUGGUUAAACAGCGCUAUAGCAAAUAGCAAUGUAUUUAUACUUUCUAAAAUGUCUCAAAUUUACCGUCAAUGUGUAAUGAUUGGCAAAGUUCGAUCUGCUUCAGUUCAUGUUCGCACGAAAGGUCGUUAAUUUUAUGUUCCAAAACGAAGCGAACCUCCUUGUUCGGUAAGCUUUUUUCCCUUCUGUGAAGCAUCGCCUUCAAACCAUCAGUGUUUAUCAAAGUUCCCACGGGUUGAGUCUAGCGUUCGAGAUCGUAGUAUGUUUCGGUUUGAAUGGAUGCAUACAUGGUUUCUCUAGAUAAAACCACACAGCACAGUGAAGUAAUCAGUUAGGAACAAGGUAACCCUGAAUGGAAAAGUGGCUGUUCCUGAUUUCACUGUCGUUUUAGUUCCAGCAAGCGUUUAGAAACAAAACGUUGAUUCGAAGAUGUAACAUAAAUAUUAUUCCGUGUCUCCAUCCUUUCGAUGUUACAAAAACGGUUUUAAGCGAUCAGGUAUGGGGCUUAAGUAAAAAGAAAAUAUCCCGUUAAGAAAGGAUGCAGUAUCAAUUAUUUUUAAUUAAUAUUUCAUAGGAUGAAGCUGGCAUAGGGAUCAUUUUUUCAGUAAAAAAAAAUAAGUAAAAACGAAGAACACGUACCGAACAAAACAAAAAAACGUCAACAAAAACAUAGUUGAGCUAACAUAUAUUAUAAAUGCAUACUUGGUAAGCAGGCAUCCCAGUGAAAAAGUGGUAUAGCAAACGAAGGUCGAACGUUCUGGUAGUAGUCCAUAGUUCGUGCAAUCGAGAAGCCUUCCCAGUUUCUGUUUGGUUUGGUUACUGAAUCGUGUUCAAAUUCGGAAGUGCUCUGUAGGCUUAGGAAUUUGUAUGCAUAUUUCCAAGAAUGAGGACAUUUUUUGUCUUUCUUUCCUUGAUUUUUUCGUUAGCUAUAACUUCUUUAAACACGGAGAGCAUGAAACAGGCUGCAUUAUGUCCCUUGUUUUUUAUGUUAAUAUGCAAACGUAUCGUGUAGCUCUUAGUUCAAUGAUAGUUAGUAGCAGAACUAUGCUGCCUCUUCAGCACUACAAUUAUACCGAAAUAAUAUCGUUCAUCAUUCUUUAAUAGUUUCAUUUACUUAUCAGAAAUUCAUGAGUUUUGGCUAAUGAUUGGUAUGGACUGUCGCUAGAAGCAAGCAUUGGGCAACAACAGAGCAACCUAAAUAUCGAUUACUGUAAACCUUUAAAGUAGUGUAUGCUACCGGAACAAUAUAAAUAUAUCUGGCGCAGCUAGCAUUGCUGCCGGCUGAUUCUAGAGAGAUCAAAUGAGUGAUAGACAUGAGUACUACGCAUGAUGAUGCACCUUUCGUACGGUUGAGAUUUAUAUAUAAAUAUUUGAAUCGCGAUUUUAACGUAAAUUUUGAUGUAAAACCAAAAAUCGCUGAACGUAGAGAAGCUUACAAGAAAGCCUAAUAGAGUCGUUUAGCAUAAUGGAAUGAACGUUUGACUGGUCAGUAGAAGUCCAGCAAGCAAGCUACUACAUCUGAGCCUGGAAACUCUGAAUUGUUGUGCUGCUUGCUAGUUCGAAAACCAUGGAGUAGCGGUGAGCAGAUGAAGCAAAUGGUUAAAUGCAUUAUAUGUAAUUGUAGAUGCGAAGCGAGGAAGAUAGAUAAGAGUGAGUGGUAAAGACAAACGAAAAUGUGAGCUCGGCCCAACAACUACUAGUUAAGGAAGGGCGCAUAAGUGAAUAAGUAUCAUUGUAAUCACUACACAGCUACCCCGAUAGUAGGAAAGGUACGUUCUGGUAUUUAUAACUUUUUAUCGAAACUCUAAAACUCCUGCUGCAGCACACUACUGUGAGUUAUACGUGGAGCCCCACAACCUCGAUUUACGCUGCUACCCCGCCCAUCCACCGGAUAUUUACUAUCCCUGAGUUCAUUUAUUGCCUUAGGAAUAAUUUAUUUUGCAUUCUCAUUCAUAAUUAUUUAUAGUUUUUUCAAUUCGCGUUAGGAGUAAAUUUAGCAUAACAUAAUAUAAAUAUGAGUUCCGUCAUAUAAAUUCGAUCACUCCCAGGCGACGUAUAGAUGUUUCAGCCCCCAUUUUUGCUACCGCUCCAGACGAAGAGCAAAUAUUGUAAACUUUUUGAUGGAUUAUCUCUUUUGAGUAGCAGCAUCAAUAUCUCUCUAUUGUUCAUCUGUUUUACCGGAUGUUGCUAUUGUACAUCGGUUUUGAUUUUUUUCUUGUCCCCGAUGUGGAAGCGAGGCUAUGGGGUGUGAUGGAUCAAAAAUACAAGGGAAAGAGCAGCGUAAAGGAGGGGAAGAGAAAGGAGCUUGCGUGGGUAGUUUAAGAUGAUUACACUUCCACAUGAAACACUUAUAAAGUUUGCUGCUAGUGGGAAGACUUUUUUCUUAGCGACAAUUUUCUAGAAUUUAAUAUAAAAAAUGUUGAAAAUGGGCGAAAAAAAGAGAAAUCCUGUGUCACAUCGGGAUAUUAGAUUAAGAUUGAUGAUGCAAAUUCAUCCUACCUUAAAACGUUUGAAACAACAACAAAAGAAAACUCCUAUUAUAGAAGAAGACAUACUUUGAAGCUUCGAACCUUACAGAAACCCUAGAACUUGAUAUCAAUUCUCAUAAUGAAUUUCUUUACUAAAGAAAGCUCUUCAGUAUAGCGGUAAAUUUUUGAGCAAGACUGCGGGUGUCGGGCAGCAAGAAUAGACCACGAGCAGAAGGAGAAGAUACUAUGUGGUGCGAUAGAAAAGCAGAAUAUUUGGUCUCAUUUUAGCGUUCGAAACCUACGGAACGCAACGAAUUAUGUACGAAUGAACACACGAAAACAGGACUGUUGUAUAUCGCUGUACAAAAUUUAAAUAGUUAUUUUAUACUGUGUCACAUACACACACACACACCUACAUUUCGGAAAGGCGCGGCAGCUUUCUAUACUGCAAAGAAGAAUGGCUGCCACACUUUCACACAAUUUCUAAUUCUGAAUCGAAUCCCCCAGUAAGUAAGCGGACAACACAAGGCGAUACGGUAUUAGAUGGUGAUGAGGAAGAUUAGAACGACUGCCAGUUCGCUACAGAAACCAUCGCAAAGGGAGGGAACUCGUAAAUCAAUUCGCAAGCGUUUGUUUCAUAGUAUGCAACAACACACA